AUGAUGUUAGAAGCUGAAGAAGAGAAGAGGGAGACUUGUGCGUCUGUUCCUCUUCUUCAGGAUCCAGUCAGAGUCCAGUCUGUGCUGAGAGGUUUCCUCCUGCUGACGAAGCAGCUUCAGGUGUUCAAGGAGAUCUGGACUCAAAGACGUUUGGGUGUUCAGACGUUCAGGACGCCCAGUCUGUAUCAGCAGUUUGUGAAACUCUACAGAGCUGAAAUCUUUUACCCCAGUAUGAGAGCUCUGGCUCAACAAAUGGGUAAUGAGCGGGACUAUGAGGUCCUAAUAUCUGGCAGCCAGGCUCUCCUGCCUCCACCUGGAGCUUCAGAGGUUGAUUUAAAAGCCUAUCAGCUUCACAUACUGCUGGAGAGCAUCGAGUGUGACAUGAUCCGAGCGGUUCAGAGGAGGAUCAGCAGAGAGCUGACGCUGGUGGUUUCAGAGCGAACUCGGCAGGACACAGGACUCCCUACAGAGCUGUGGAAGAAAACACCCCUGAAGUACAGUUUGACCCCCGAGCGGCCGCAGAUUGUUGAAACAUUCAUCCAGCAGCUGAUGGAGGGAGCUGAAGAGGCGGAGGGAGAGCUCAGGGUUUCUCAGCAUCACCUCCAGCAGUGUCUCACUCACCUCGGCUGUUCUCUGACGGAGCGAGAGCGUCGCAGCUUUCUGCUUUACUCGCAGUUUUAUGAACAGAUCCUGCAGCAGGAGACUCAGCUCCUGUAUGAGCGAGAACAGGAUAUAAAGAAUCUUAAGGAGUCUCAGACAAGCGACUCACACAAAGAGGUGGACGUUGUGUGUCGUGGGAUGAUGCUGGAGAUCUCAGCGCUGCAGGCUCAAGUCGCUCACCUGGAAGAAGAGAGGAGAAAUCUAGAGGAGCAGCUCAGUCUCAAAUUUAAAGAACGCUACGACCCUUUGGUCCGACACCUUUUCUCCACCUGCAUCCAGCUAAAGGCCAAGCUUGACGAGUACCACCGUCAGAUGGAGCAGGAUGUGGGUGAGAUUGUGAGCAGAGUAAGACGCGAAGGAGUCGACCGAUUCAUCAAACUCAAGAAGAAGUACGGCUGCACCAAAGACAAUGAUGGACUCACACUCACACAAUUGAAGAAAGAAGAAGUCCAUGAGUUGAGCCUGGAGAACAGCCGGCUGACUGCUCUGCUCUGUAAACAGAAGGCUGUGAGCUGCUGGCGGCAGGCGGCCGACCAGGAGAAACUUCACCGCCAGCUGCUUCAAACUCAGCAGAGGGAGAUUAGCUGUCGCAGCGAGACCCUCAGAGUGAAGAUGACGUCAGAGGAAGAGGUAUUAAUCCUGCAGGAGGAGCUGGAGGAGGCGAGGAAGGUGUUGACCUGCUGUCAAGCCGAGUGCAGCAGCACCAAGAAGCUGCUCAGCAGGAAGACCGAGGAGCUCCAGGUGGCCAGACAUCAGUCUGCACAGGAGGCCCGCAGCAGGCAGGAGCUGGACGGCUAUCGAGUGCAGGGCCUGGAACAAAUGAGAGCGGCCAUGGAGGACAGAGAGAGACGGCUCAGGGAGCUCAGCGAGCAGCUGGACAGAGGCAGCAGGAUGAACCAGUUACACCGACAACGCAGUGCCAAAGAGAUUCGACAGGUGAGGGGACAGCUACAACAGGAGCUCAGCAUCAAACAAGAAGCCUUUCAGCAAGUGGACAGACUGCAGAACCAGGUGACUGACAUGGAAGCAGCUUUCUCCAGGUGCACUUCUACAACAGGGCAAAGCAGAACUUAUUAUAAGCUGUCAGUCAGUAGAUUGAGUUCCUCAGCAGGUCUGCACAGGGCCACUCAGCAGCAGCAGCAGUCCACCCUGCAGCUUGGCAGUCUCACAAACUACGCCAUACUUUCAGGCUCUGCUACAGAGCCACGACAACAGAGAGCAGAAACAGCCAAGAGCCACUCUAACACAGGAAUAGAAAGACCUAAAUCAGAAGGCUCUCGUCUGCGUGUCAUGACUGCUGAGACGAUGUUACCAGACCUGUGAGAUUCAUCCGUGGUUGUUUUGUAAAUCAACACCAACUUGUUUACCAAGUUAGCUGCUGUUUGACGUUCCCUGUGGUUUCUCAUUUGAAUUUUGAUUCACUUAAAU